AUGGCUCGUGGAAAGAUCCAGAUCAAGAGAAUAGAGAACACCACAAACCGACAGGUUACCUAUUCGAAACGAAGGAACGGUCUUUUCAAGAAGGCUAAUGAGCUUACUGUUCUUUGUGAUGCUAAGGUUUCUAUUAUUAUGUUUUCCAGCACCGGCAAGCUUCAUGAGUAUAUCAGUCCUUCUGUCUCAACAAAGCAGUUUUUCGAUCAGUAUCAGAUGACUGUUGGAAUUGAUCUAUGGAACUCUCAUUAUGAGAAUAUGCAAGAGAACUUGAAGAAACUGAAAGAUGUUAAUAGGAAUCUUCGCAAGGAGAUUAGGCAGAGGAUGGGGGAUUGUUUGAACGAUCUGAACAUGGAGGAGCUGAGGUUACUUGAGGAAGAAAUGGACAAAGCUGCCAAAGCUAUUCGUGAGCGUAAGUAUAAGGUGAUAACAAAUCAGAUUGAUACUCAAAGGAAGAAGUUUAAUAAUGAGAGAGAGGUGCACAACAGACUCCUGCGUGACUUGGAUGCAAGAGCAGAAGAUGGACGUUUUGAAAUGAUGGAAAAUGGAGCAGCAGAUUAUGAGUCUGUGAUUGGUUUCUCAAAUUUAGGUCCUCGCAUGUUUGCCUUGACCUUACAGCCUACUCAUCCAGCUAACAACCCUCACAAUACUGGACAGCAGCCUGCUUCGGAUCUCACCACUUACCCUUUACUUUUCUAG